AUGAUGGAGAAAACUCGGAAAAAGAAUGAAAUUUCAAUAGGGGAAGCAGCUGAUGUCUUCGGUAUUCCAAGAAUAGUUAUUGACGUUCGUCAUGAGGGUUCCCAUCGUGAUCUUCCUUCUCUUCAACUGGUCCGUAUUGCAUCGAUUAAGGCACUUGAUUGGUUGGUAUGGUAUUAUUGGGAACCCCAAGAGAAAGCUAUCCCUACUCAAAACAACCUUAAUGCCAACCUCAGGAAAGAAAUCAAGCGCAAAUUACAGGUGAUGCUUGGCUCGGCCGAGUCCGAAUGCCCCCCGAUGUUUGAUGAGGAGCCACUCGUGGCGGACGUGGCGGAGGAGAAGUUUGGUUCGAUCGAGUACGAGGGCCCCCCAAUUUUCGACGAUGAGCCAAGUAGUUUAUAUUCUAUUGGAAUACUUGCUAAUGCAUUGGAUACAUUUAAAUCUGAGCACUUGGAGGAUUCAGAUAUGGUGACCAAUGCUGAAGAUACGCAAACUGCGUUUGAUGACUGUAAAUCUGUCGUCUUGAAGUUGUCGAGAAAGGAACCAGAAUAUCUUAUCACACUUACACAGGUUAUUCUUGAGAAGAUGGAGAGCAACGAAACCACGGAUCAAAUAACAGCCCUUACUCUCUCACACCUUACUGGAAACAUCUCUCUACUUGAAAAACUCAAGAAGCUUGCUUUACUCGAGCAGCUACCACAUUUGGAAACAAACUCGGUUGACUAUUCUAAUGAAAACCUGCUUUCCGAACAAGAAAAUUGUAUUCGUCAGGCUGCUGAGGACUUUGAGUUCAUGAAGCAACAUAUGAAGGGAAAAUGUGGAGGGAUAGACGAGUCUGAGGCUGGAGUCAAAAGAAAAUGGACUGUGACAAAAUCGUGGAAUUCAUGUCCUAUUGGGAUGUUGCCUUCUAGAAUUGCGUUUUCCGGCCAGCUUUUGGUUUUGGACUGUGCUGAUGAAGUUGGGGAAGAAAAAGAGACGAUAUCAGGUGGUGAAGAGGAUUACAAAACGUCUCUUGGUAAAAGAGAGGCUGAUGUGGGUGCAGAGAAAAUUGAUUGUCGACCGGGUAAGAAGUUGGAGAUUGAAGGUCAUAAUGUCGUGCAAAAUGAGGAAUAUGUGAGUGGAGAAGGUUCAAAAGGCUGGUUGUUGAUCGAUGAAAUUUGGAGGAAAGUUGGAGAUGAAGAGUUGUUUGCCAUUUCAUCGGCUGUGAAAUUAUUGGUUUGA